GAAGACAGCGGCGGCGAAGAAGAAGAAGAAGAAGAAGAAGAAGACCCACUCGGCUGCUACAGUGCACGCCGCAAAAAGCAUCUUUAUGAUAUAUCCCACCCUAACGUUAACGACACCCAAGUCUGAAAAACGGAGCAUGCCUUUGCCCGUGCAAGUUUUUAACUUCCAGGGAUCUGUGGAGCCCAUGCAGAUAGACGCCGACCCUCAGGACGACCAGCAGAAUGCUCCGGACACAAACUACAUCGUGGAGAACCCAACACUGGACCUGGAGCAGUAUGCCACCAGCUACAGUGGGUUGAUGCGCAUCGAGCGGCUUCAGUUCAUCGCUGAGCACUGCCCUCAGCUCAGAGUGGAGGCCCUGAAGAUGGCACUCACCUUCGUUCAGAGGACUUUUAAUGUGGACACCUAUGAAGAGAUCCACCGCAAACUCACAGAGGCCACCAGGGAGGUGCAGGGUGUGCCUGACACAGUGCCUGAGGGUGGGGUUGUCCCUCCGCCCCUGGACUCUGCCUGGGCUGAGUCCACCAGGAAGAAGGCUCUGCUCAAACUGGAGAAACUGGACACCGAUCUGAAGAACUACAAGGGGAACUCCAUUAAAGAGAGCAUCAGGAGAGGCCAUGACGACCUGGGGGAUCAUUACCUGGACUGUGGAGACCUCAGUAAUGCCCUGAAGUGCUACUCCAGAGCCAGAGACUACUGCACCAGUGCCAAGCACGUAAUCAACAUGUGUUUGAAUGUCAUCAAGGUUAGUGUCUACCUCCAGAACUGGUCCCACGUUCUGAGCUACGUCAACAAAGCAGAAUCCACGCCAGAGAUAGCAGAGCAAAGAGGAGAGCGAGAUAGCCAAAACCAAGCGGUCCUCACCAAACUAAAGUGUGCUGCAGGACUGGCAGAGCUGGCCUCUCGAAAAUAUAAACCGGCUGCCAAGUGCUUCCUGCAGGCUUCCUUUGACCACUGUGACUGUCCUGAGGUGAGUGAUCUCCUGUCCCCCAGUAAUGUAGCUGUGUACGGAGGCAUGUGUGCUUUGGCCACGUUUGACAGACAGGAGCUCCAGCGUAACGUCAUCUCCAGCAGCUCCUUUAAGUUAUUUCUAGAGUUGGAACCUCAGAUCCGUGACAUCAUCUUCAAGUUCUAUGAGUCCAAGUAUGCGUCCUGUCUCAAGCUGCUGGACGAGAUGAAGGAUAACCUCCUUUUGGACAUGUACCUGGCCCCACAUGUCAAGACACUGUACAGCCAGAUCAGGAACAGAGCCCUCAUUCAGUAUUUCAGCCCCUAUGUGUCCGCUGACAUGACUAAGAUGGCGCAGGCCUUCAACACCACAGUAGCGGCUCUGGAGGACGAGCUCACUCAGCUCAUACUGGAGGGGCUCAUCAAUGCUCGCAUCGACUCCCACAGCAAGAUCCUGUAUGCAAGGGAUGUGGACCAGAGGAGCACCACGUUUGAGAAGUCCAUCCACAUGGGCAAAGAGUUCCAGAGACGAGCCAAAGCCAUGAUCCUCCGAGCGGCUGUGCUCCGCAACCAGAUCCAUGUCAAGUCCCCCCCCAGAGAAGGCAGCCAGGGAGAACUGACACCUGCCAACAGCCAGACAAGGAUGAGCACCAACAUGUGAGGAAGGGAGGUUCGCCCACACAUCCAUCCUCACCAAUCCCCCAAGCCCCACCCACUUCCUGUUUCUCUGCUGAAGACACAAUAUAAAGACUUGAAUGUUUCUGGAAGGAUCUCUGAUAUCCACUGUCAGCUGAUGGAUCCUCUAGAGAUCUGGACAAGAGGAAAGUGUGUUUUGAUGCUCAGCGCUGUGUGUGACUGUAGGAGAUGCUCUGCUCACACAUGAUGGAGGCCUCAUGAACAGGAACAAGGUUUUAAAAUAAAAACACUUCCCGAACCAUCCA